GCGAGGGCUGAGAUGGGAAGCGAGCAGGAGCAGCAUGUUCCCCGGGACAGCUUGCCCCUGCCUUAGGGAGUGUUGGUGGCCUGGGGAGCCGGCUCUCACUCUCUCUCUCCUUCGCUGGCUGGCCGGACUAUGAGGCAGCAAUGGGCUGGUGCGACUCCGGUGUGCAAAUGCUCUUCACCAUGAUGGGCGCUUUCGCUGCUUUCAGCCUGAUGAGCAUAGCCAUCGGCACCGAUUACUGGCUCCACUCCCGGGCUUACAUCUGUAACGGCACGAACGGCACCUCCGACGAAAACCAAGUGAAGAAGGAGAAGGGAUCCAUAAUCCACUCGGGUCUCUGGAGGGUCUGCUGUGUGGAAGGCCUUCAGAGAGGAAAUUGCUUCAGAAUCAAUUACUUUCCUGAUGAUGAUGAUUAUGACCAGGAGGGAUCAGAAUACCUUUUACGUAUUGUCCGUGCUUCCAGUUUAUUUCCAAUCCUGAGUGCCAUUCUGCUGCUCUUGGCAGGUCUGUGUGUUGGAGCCAGCAAAUUGUACCACAACAAAACCAACAUUAUCCUCAGUGCAGGAAUCUUAUUUGUAGCAGCAGGACUGAGUAACAUUAUCGGGAUUAUCGUGUAUAUAUCGAGCAACACGGGCGACCUCUGGGAUAAGAAUGAUGAUGACAAGAAGAGCCUGUAUUCUUACGGAUGGUCCUUUUACUUCGGGGCCUUGUCCUUUAUUGUGGCAGAGAUGGCUGGAGUCCUUGCCGUCAGCAUUUACAUCGACAAAAACAAAGCAGUGAGAACCAGGUCACACCGGGAGUAUUUAAAGACUUCCUCCUCCCCUUACGCCAGGAUGUCCAGCUACAGGUACAGGCAAAGGAGGAGAUCCAGGUCGAGCUCCAGGUCCGAGGAGCCUUCUCCCGCUCGGGAAAUCUCUGCUGCUGCCAACAUGAAGGUAGUGAGCAGCAUGGUGCCACUGACCGAGAUCUCCAUGUACACCUUGUCAAGAGAAGCCAACAAGCCUACAGUGAGAGGCACCUACCACCCAGAUCAGGAAGAAAGCUUCCUCCAGGUUCAUAACUGCUUCCAGAAGGAGCUGAAGGAGGGGCUCAGUGCCAACAUGAUGAACAGGCGAACGACGCCAGUCUGA